GGAGCUUCCAACAGUGCCUCGAAACAAGUGGACUGGAGCCUUCGUUGCUGUUGUGGCUUUUACUAGCAUCAUCAACCCACUUUCUGGUGCCACCUCGAAGGUACAGGUAAACCGGAUCACUUACUGUCGCCGACAUCAGUUACAAUAAAUAGAUUUAGACCUCGCGUCCUUUGAAACAUUGUUCUUCCCCUCUUUCGUACAAUUUCGCGAUUGCAACGAGAUACCCAUCUACUGCUGAGUUGCAGAAAACGAUAGUGCUACUUUCGCAGUCUGAUUGAAGCCUGACGUCACCUCUCAAGCUUCAACGAGACAAAACGAAACACCUUUCUCGACUGAGCACAACAGCAACGAUCACCACUAUUCGAGACAUUGGUCUCGCAGUCACUCGCCCACGAUGAACUCGAAGAUGGAGUUUACCGACAGGGCCAAAAAGGCGUUGGAAGAUGCCAUGGCCCUGGCCGAGCAAUACGCACACUCACAGCUGCUGCCGGUGCAUCUGGCCGUCGCCCUCCUCGAUCCUCUACCCGACCAGAGCAAAGACCAGCAGAAUGCGGCACCCGGCACUACCAGCACUCUCUUCCGACAAGUCAUUGAGCGCGCUCACGGCGAUCCGCAGCUCUUCGACCGCGCGCUGAAGAAGACGCUCGUCCGUCUACCGAGCCAAGACCCGCCUCCGGAACAGGUCUCGAUGGCGCCCUCGUUCAACACGGUCCUGCGCAAGGCCAUGGAGCUUCAGAAAGUGCAAAAAGACACUUACAUCGCCGUCGACCACCUCAUCACGGCUCUGGCGGACGACCACGCGAUCCAAGUCGCACUCAAAGAGGCCAACAUUCCCAAGCCAAAGCUCGUGCAGGAAGCCAUCACGGCCAUCCGCGGCACAAAGCGCGUCGACUCGCGGAACGCCGACACUGAGCAGGAGAACGAGAAUCUCGCCAAGUUCACUAUCGACAUGACCGCCAUGGCGAGGGAAGGCAAGAUCGACCCAGUCAUCGGCCGCGAGGAGGAGAUCCGGCGCGUCAUCCGCAUUCUCUCGCGUCGGACCAAGAACAACCCCGUCCUCAUUGGCGAGCCUGGUGUGGGUAAGACGACUGUCGUCGAAGGUCUUGCCCAGCGCAUCGUCAACGCUGAUGUCCCCGACAACCUGGCCGCUUGCAAGCUGCUGUCGUUGGACGUGGGCGCCCUUGUUGCAGGCAGCAAAUACAGGGGUGAGUUCGAGGAGCGCAUGAAGGGCGUUCUCAAGGAGAUAUCGGAGUCCAAGGAGAUGAUUGUCUUGUUUGUCGACGAGAUCCACCUGCUUAUGGGCGCCGGCUCAUCGGGCGAGGGCGGCAUGGACGCUGCCAACUUGCUCAAGCCCAUGCUUGCUAGAGGUCAACUGCACUGCAUCGGCGCCACCACCCUGGCUGAAUACCGCAAGUACAUCGAGAAAGACGCCGCCUUUGAGCGCCGUUUCCAGCAAGUUAUUGUCAAGGAGCCGUCAAUCCCGGAGACCAUCUCCAUCCUUCGUGGUCUCAAGGAGAAGUACGAGGUCCACCAUGGUGUCAACAUUGCCGAUGCCGCCAUCGUCGCCGCAGCCAACCUCGCCGCCCGGUACCUGACCCAACGGAGGCUUCCGGACUCAGCUGUCGAUCUGAUAGAUGAGGCGGCGGCCGCCGUCCGUGUUGCGCGGGAGUCCCAGCCCGAGAUUAUCGACUCCCUCGAGCGCCGCCUGCGGCAGCUAAAGAUUGAAAUUGAGGCUCUGUCCCGCGAGAAGGACGACGCAUCCAAGGCCCGUCUCGCGCAGGCAAGGCAGGACGCCGAAAACGUCGAGGAGGAGCUGAGGCCACUCCGGGAGAAGUACGAGCGGGAGCGCCAGCGCGGCAAGGAUAUUCAAGAAGCCAAGCUGAAGCUGGAGAACCUUCGCGUCAAGGCGGAGGAAGCGAGCAGAAUGGGCGACCACAGCCGUGCAGCUGACCUCCAGUACUACGCCAUCCCCGAGCAAGAGCAGGUCAUCAAGCGACUCGAGAAGGAGAAGGCGGCUGCCGACGCCGCACUGAACGAACAGGGAGCCGACGCUGGCGGUUCUAUGGUGACCGACAUCGUUGGGCCUGAUCAGAUCAACGAGAUUGUCGCGCGCUGGACCGGCAUCCCAGUGACACGCUUGAAGACGACCGAGAAGGAGAAGCUGUUGCACAUGGAGCAUGCCUUGGCGAAGAUCGUGGUGGGGCAGAAGGAAGCGGUCCAGUCGGUGUCCAACGCCAUCCGGCUACAGCGGUCCGGCCUCAGCAACCCAAACCAGCCGCCGAGCUUCCUCUUCUGCGGCCCGUCUGGUACCGGCAAAACGCUCCUCACCAAGGCGCUGGCCGAGUUCCUGUUCGACGACCCCAAGGCCAUGAUCCGUUUCGACAUGUCCGAGUACCAGGAGCGGCAUUCGCUCAGCCGCAUGAUCGGUGCACCACCCGGCUACGUCGGCCACGACGCUGGCGGUCAGUUGACCGAAGCACUCCGUCGCAAGCCGUUCUCCAUCCUUCUGUUUGACGAAGUUGAGAAGGCCGCCAAGGAGGUUUUGACUGUUUUGCUCCAGCUCAUGGACGACGGUCGUAUCACGGACGGUCAGGGCCGCAUCGUCGACGCCAAGAACUGCAUCGUUGUCAUGACGUCCAACCUCGGCGCCGAGUACCUCGCUCGACCCAACGCUAAGGACGGCAGGAUCGACCCGACAACCAAGGAGCUUGUCAUGAACGCGCUGCGCAACUACUUUCUGCCCGAGUUCCUCAACCGCAUCUCGUCCAUCGUCAUCUUCAACCGGCUGACGCGGCGCGAGAUCCGCAAGAUUGUGGACUUGCGCAUUGCCGAGAUCCAGAAGAGGCUCAACGACAAUGACCGCAACGUCAUCAUUAAAGUGUCGGACGCCGCCAAGGACAAGCUCGGUGCCGCCGGCUACUCGCCUGCGUACGGUGCCCGGCCGCUGCAACGCUUGCUUGAGAAGGAGGUGCUCAACCGCAUGGCUAUCCUCAUUCUGCGGGGUAACAUUCGCGAUGGCGAGGUGGCUAAUGUCGAUGUUGUUGACAGCAAGGUCACUGUCAUUCCGAACCAUCCCGACAGCGAGGGCGAAGAUGAGGAGAUGAUGGUUGAUGAGGACGAGGCGCUUGACGAGCUCGCGCCGGACUCGAUGGAUGAGGAUAUUUAUGACUAAGGAACAGCACGGUUAACGGACGGGGUGUGUAUGAAGGAGAUGCGGGCUGGUUCAUGAUUAUGAUCUAAUGAUUUGGCGUCUGGAGCGAUAGCAUGGCAAUGGGUUUAUUUGCGGGAGUAAGGGGGGUCUGGUCUUAUUGAACAUAACCAUGAGUGGGGUUAGAAGUAGAUAGUUCUCUCAAGGCCCUUGAGCAGAAAUGAAACUAGGACAUAUCGUCAACAUGCCUUGGAGCUGUACUUGGUACAAAGCGUGUCGCGCCAGGAAAAGAGAACUCGGACAAG